AAGGUUUGGUCAAAUUUCUAUGGGGCCUAUUCGGGACUACUGCACGUUAUAGGUAUAGGCCUCUACGCUGAUCAAAUUUUAGAUGACUCUUGUUUUUUCCUUCUCGCAGUAUGAGUGUGAUGCCAUGAAAUAAAAACAAUUCUAUCGCUGUAUAAAAAUAUACCACGCUUCAUCAGUUAAUCAUAAAAAGUCACAACUGAGUGCAAGUCAUGUAGGCCUACAUAGGAUCUAUUGGGUAUAGCAUGUCAGGUGGAGUAUAAAUGUUCUUCUUCUUCCUGGAACCAACUAGCUGACUGACAAAAUUUCUAGUUUAUUGGAUGAGACUUUCUAAAGGUAUCGGAUAUUUCUGAUUCAAAAUGGCGGAAGGUUCGGAAACAACAGACAAAUGGCGCUACGUGAUUCUUUUAGGAAAGUUUGUUAUUCAUCUGAUCUUCCCGGGUAUGACAAAAGCUUUGUCUGUCCUCGUUCCUGCCAUGGUCUUCCAGCUCGAGGUUGAUUACACGACGGUGGGAUUUCUAGUUUCAAUGCAGUAUGGCGUCGUCUACGUUGCCUGUCCGCUGAGUAAUUAUCUGACAGCAAAGUUUGGCCAUCGUUGUGUUUCAUCAAUCGGCGGGUUCUUGUCAGGAGUUUCUAUGAUAGGUGCCUUCUUCAGUCAAUCAGCAAUGACUCUCGGAAUCUCAUUCUUCUUUACAGGUCUCUUUUCGUCACCGUUACGUCAGAGUUCAACUGUCAUGCUACGCGAAUACUUUGGAGAAAAGUGUGGCGCGGCCAUAACCUUCACACAAAUGGGAGGCCAUAUUGGAGGUGUCAUUUUACCUUAUAUAGCUGCGCUGUGUCUGGACGCUUACGGCAUGAGGGGAACCAUGCUCUGUCUGAGUGGUAUCUUGUUCUACCACGCAGCGAUUGGAACCACUUUUAGAGCCCCUCGGUCACCUAAAGUCAAAGAAAAGAAGGAUAUCGAGGGAUCAACUCUACUACAAGGUGAAGAAGAUGAAACCUAUCUUCGAGAGAACAACCUUCGACCUGACGGUGAAAAUCUCAAUUCCAGCGAUGAAUGUGGGAUUCCAAAAGAUGCUGAACCUCAGAAAUCCAGUCCGACAAGAAGCUUGAUGGUCAUGGAAUUUUUCUCAUGGAUUUUACAUUUGGAGUUUCUGAGAGAGGAACGAGUCUUCGUAUUUCUCUUUAUCCCCUGCCAUACCCUUAACGAAAUAGGAUUCUUCACAUGGAUAAUUUUCUCCGCAUCGUAUGGGGUGUCAGUCGGUCUUGAUGAGAAUGAAGCAGUGUAUCUCCCAAUAGUUGGUUCUCUAGGCGGAUUGGUAGGCCGCGCGGUUCUCAUGGGAGUCCUGUACAAACAUCCACACCUAACACCUCACGCGUUUUCAGUCACCGCAUCAGUAUCAUCAGUUGCAAUGUUCGCCCAUCCUAUUAGCUCAUCCUUGGUCCAUCUCCUGAUCUGUUCCUUUUUCGCAGGAAUCGGGUUUUAUGGUCUCUCUUCUUCCUUCGAUGCUACUUUAGCUUUGAGAUUGAAGAAGGAAAACUUCCCCAUUGCCACUGCGAUAACUUUCUUGAUGAGUGGAGUCGUACUUCUUCUAUCUGGAACACUUGCAGGUCUGUUCUAUGAGCACUUCGGGUCUUUUAAAACCGUCUUCAUAGCGUUGGGGGUGUUAUCCCUGAUAAGUUGCGGAGUGUUUUCUAGUUACUUCUUCGUUGAUGCAAGAUUAAAACGACGCUCCUUCGCGGGAUGACGUCACUGGGAGUAAACAUCCGAACCGCGAUAGCGCUGCCGGCGCGCCGCUCCGUAUAUAGAGUGGGAGAUCGAAGACCAAGAAGAAAAAAAGGAAAAGGAAGGAAAGGGGAUAUGAUAUUUUUUCUUGAGAUAACAUGUCACAAUCUAUCACCAAAUCAGAUUUUCAUUCUAAAAAAGGCCAACGUAUUUGAUCGGUCGCAACUAGUUGAAUAUUUAGCCACAUACAGUAUGUCAUUUAUUGUGCCCUACGACAUUUUUGGCUGAUUAUUGGGUAUCUGGUACCAAAUCCUUGUUAAAAAAUUACUUAAAAACCAGAAAGCAAUCAGUAAGAUGUCAUUGAAAACAAUCAAACCCUAUUAAUUUUACCUUCGGUAUUCCACAGGGAUAGUAUUAUGCCCGGAUUAAUUUUUAUGCCCCCGCAGACAAACGAGGGGGCAUUAAGCGUUGCCCCUGUCCGUCCGUCCGUCCCCCACUUGGUUUCUGGGCAAUAACUCGAAAAACACUUGAUGGAUAAAAAAAAUUGGUGUUCAUGUUGUAGUGGUGUUUUUUUCAUGUCAUACUUUCGGUCAUGUUAAUACAUAAAAAUGUCAUAUUUUUGGAUUGCGCUAUACCCUGGCGAUGCCGCCAGGACGACAAUGAACCGACGGGUAUUACCGUACCCCUUUUUCUUUUUCGGUUUAAUGGAUCGUCCUGUCGGCAGGACUAGGGUACAAGUUACUUGUAAAUUAUUCUGAGUACACAAUUAUUUAAGGAUAUGUUGUAUGUACUUAUACACAGUUUGUAUCAAUGUUCUGUUUGAUUGAAGUGCAACCAUAUGUUUUGUAUACUUUGAUUGUUUUUGUGACGAAUAAAAACUGCAAAGAAAAAAAAAUGGUGUGUAGGUAGAUAACACCAACAUACAGGCUAAGUUUUAACUCGGAGUCCGCAGGUCAAAGGUCAAACUAAGGUCACAGCUCAUUAAAUAUGCAAGUUGGUUUCCUCAUGAUAACUUAUGAAUUAUUCAAUAGAUUAAUAAGGUUUGAGUGUGUAGGUAGAUGACACCAAAAUACAGGCUAAGUUCGAAUUCGGAGUCCGCAGGUCAAAGGUCACAGCUCAUUAUAUAUGCGAGUUGGUUUCCGCAUGAUAACUUUCGAAUUAUUCACUGUAUAUUAAAAAUGUUUGGUGUCUGGGUAGAUGACACAAAAACACAGGCUAAGUUUGAAAUCGGAGUCCACAGGUCAAAAGUCAAAGCUCACAGCUCAUUAUUACCGUGUUUACAUGUGACCGGCUUUUGGUUCAGAACCAAAAGCCGAUGCAGAAUCGGCUUUUGGUUUAUCUUGCACCGCGUUUACACUCUUACCGUGUUUACACUUGAUCGGCUUUUGGUUCAGAACCAAAAGCCGAUGCAGAAUCGGCAAAAAGAUAAAAUCGAAACUUUUCGUCUUUGGCUCCCUCCCCCAACAAUUGAAAUAUAUGAAUUUAAAAGACUGGCCUUUCCUAUUCAUAUGCUGUCGUACAAUUAGAUCUGCAUCUGUAACUGCUUCCAAAUAUUGGAAUAAGUUACCUCAAGAAAAUCACCAUCAUCUCUCUCGUUAUUUGAGAAGGGAUUUAAGACAUUUCUUUUACCCGUCUAGAGUUGUAGGUUACUUGAUGUGUUCUUUUUGUUGUUGCAAGCGCUUUGGGCCAUUUUGUGAAAAGCGCAGAACAUUAAUAAUAAUAAU